AUGGCUAAGAACACAUCGCUUUAUUUUCGUAUAGUUGAAGGACGGAAUCUACCGGCGAAAGAUGUGUCGGGCACUAGUGAUCCCUACUGCAUCGUGAAAGUUGACAAUGAGGUCGUGGCCAGGACGGCGACGGUGUGGAAGAAUCUGAACCCGUUCUGGGGGGAGGAGUUCACUCUUCAUCUGCCCACAGGAUUCCACCUGCUCUCCUUCUACAUCAUGGACGAGGACACCAUCGGCCAUGACGAUGUGAUGGGCAAGAUCUCCCUGACCAAAGAGGUCAUUGCAGCUCAGUCUAAAGGCCUGGACAGCUGGCUGAAUCUGACGCGUGUGGAUCCAGAUGAGGAGGUGCAGGGGGAGAUCCACCUGGAACUGCAGCUACAGAGACACGACACACACACCUGUUUACGCUGCCACGUCAUACAGGCCAGAGAUCUGGCCCCUCGGGAUAUCUCUGGAACCUCAGACCCCUUCGCACGGAUCCUCUAUAAGAACCACAGUGCUGAAACCUCGAUCAUAAAGAAGAGCCGUUUCCCCCACUGGGGGGAGACGCUGGAGCUGCGUCUGGCCCGGGGGGAGGAGGAGGGGGGCGGCUGUGUGACGCUGGAGGUCUGGGACUGGGACAUGGUGGGCAAGAACGACUUCCUGGGCAAGGUGGAGAUUCCGCUUACCUGUCUGUGCAGGAGCCCCUCACUACAGGGCUGGUUCAGACUGAUGCCCCUGGGCAACGCCGAGGACGACGCAGGUGGUAAGUUGGGGGCGUUGCGUCUGAAGGUGCGUUUAGCAGAAGAGCGGAUUCUUCCCUCAGUCUACUACCAGCCCUUAAUACAGCUGCUGAUGGAGUGUGUGGAAGACCCCGCCCCUCUGACCCUGCUGGAGGAAAUGACAUCAGUAGACAGUCGUCAGGAUGUUGCCAUGACGCUAGUGAAGAUCUACCUGGGCCAAGGGCUGGUGGUGCCUUUUCUAGACUACCUCAACAGCAGAGAGGUCAACCACACCACGGACCCAAACACUCUGUUCCGCUCCAACUCUCUUGCAUCUAAAGCUAUGGAGCAGUUUAUGAAGGCCGUGGGCAUGUUGUAUCUGCAUGAGGUUCUCAGGCCCGUCAUCAAUCGCAUCUUUGAAGAGAAGAAGUACGUGGAGCUGGACCCAUGUAAGAUAGACCUCAACCGCAGCAGGCGUAUCUCGUUUAAGGGUGCGGUAUCAGAGGCAGAGGUACGUGAGAGCAGUGUGGGUCUACUGCAGGGCUACCUCAGCAGCAUCAUGGAGGCCAUCGUGGGCUCAGAGGUGCACUGUCCCCCAGUCAUGAGGCUCGUCUUCAAACAGCUGCACAAGAGAGUGGAGGAGCAGUUCCCCCAAUCACAGCACCAGGAUGUGAGGUAUUUGGCCAUCAGCGGUUUCUUUUUUCUGCGUUUCUUCGCUCCAGCCAUCCUCACCCCCAAACUCUUCCACCUGAGAGAUCACCAUGCCGACACACGCACCAGCCGAACACUGCUGCUGCUGGCAAAGGCCGUCCAGAGCGUGGGUAAUCUGGGGCUGCAGCUGGGUCAAGGGAAGGAGUCGUGGAUGGCCCCUCUGCAUCCCAUGAUCCUUUGCAGCGUGGCAUCGGUGAAAGACUUCCUGGACAAGCUCAUAGACGUCGACCACCACAACCUGGUGGAGGUCCCCCAGAGAGCGGUGUUCAUGCCCUCGGUGACGGUGAAGGAGGGUUUCCUGCAGAAGCAGCACAAGCCAGAGGGGCCUCAGCUGCUCAAACGCUUCGCCUUCAAGAAACGCUACUUCUGGCUCAGCAGUGAGACGCUGUCCUACGCAAAGAGCCCUGACUGCCAGGUGCGCUCCUCUAUCCCAGUGGGGUGUGUGUGUGCGGUGGAGCGGGUGGACGAGAACGCCUUCCAGCUGCAGAAUGUCAUGCAGGUGCUGACCCAGGACAACGAGGGACACACACACACCAUGUACCUGCAGUGCAAGAAUGUGAACGAGUUGAACCAGUGGUUAUCAGCGAUCAGGAAGGUGAGCAUCUAUAACGAGCAUCUCCUCUCCUGCUUCCACCCCGGGGCCUUCCGCAGUGCCAGGUGGAGCUGCUGCCUUCAGCACGACCGCACAGCGGUGGGCUGUAGUCGUACUCACUCUGCAGUGACGCUGGGAGACUGGAGUGAUCCUCUCGAUCCAGAUGCUGAAGCGCAGACCAUCUACAAACAGCUGCUACAGGGACGAGACACACUCAGGAAGCAGUACACGCAGCCAGAGGAAACAGAUGGAGGAGCAGAGCAGGAGGAACCUGUGACCUCAUCAGAUGUCCUGAGGGGGGCAGUGCUGAGUGGCAGAGCCGGGGCGACGCGUCUACUGGAGGUGAUCACAGAACUGGAGCGCGCUCACGCCGCCUACCAGCAGAGGGAGACAGAGGAGGCCAGCUCACUCAUCCUGCCCCCGUAG